UUCAAAGUCCUGGGACUGAAACUCUCUGGACUACAACGGGGAUGAGGGAUCUAAAGCACUUCACCGAGAAGUGCAAGAAGCACGAAUUUUGCCACAGCCAUCUAAAUAACAGCAUGAAGCUAAACCUGUUUGGUAGACUGAGUAUAGCAAAGCAGCUCGACGAAGGCUAUCGAAUUGGCAUUCGAAAACAUAAUGAAGAGGUUCAGAAAAACCGACACAUUCUCUCACGAAUUAUGGACUGUGUGAAGUUCUGUGGUGCAUUUGAGUUGGCCCUGCGUGGUCAUGAUGAGAGCGAGAACUCUGAUAACCCAGGGAUAUUCCGUGGCUUGGUGGACGUUGUUGCCUCACUUGACAGUGCACUGAACGAGCAUCUCGAGAGCGCGACUGUGUUUAAGGGAACAUCCAAAACAGUCCAGAAUGAGCUUCUUGACUGUAUGCUGUCUGUUGUGAAGGAACAGAUCAUAAGUGAAGUUCAAAGCAGCGAUUUUCUAUCGAUCCAAGCAGAUGAGACCAUGGACAUUAGCACACAAACCCAACUUGUGCUUCGCUACAUCAAUGGUGCUAAUGUGGAGGAAAGAUUCUUUGAGUUCAUCCCUCUGCAGUCAGCUACAGCAGAGAGCAUUGCCGUGGCAUUAAAAGAACGCCUUGCUGCCAUCCUCCCAGGUGAGCAGAAAAGUAAACUCAUCUGCCAGGCAUAUGACGGUGCCAGUGUAAUGAGGGGUGCCAUUUCAGGUGUUCAAAAGAGAAUCCAGGAUGACUACCCAAAUGCCCACUAUAUCCACUGCUAUGCCCAUCAGCUCAAUCUCAUAAUGCAACAGGCCACCUCUCACAUAGUCAAAGUCAAAAACUUUUUUUCCGACCUUGGUGGAUUUGCUGCGUUCUUUUCAAGAUCUUCCAAGCGGACCGCUGUCCUUGAUGAAACAGUGGCCCAUCGUCUGCCAACAGCCAGCAACGUGAGGUGGAACUUUCGCAGCCGUGCCGUCAAUACUGUGUUUGAGCAUAAAGAUGACCUCAUUGAAUGCUUUGGAAGAAUUCGAGCAUCAGGUAGCUUUGAUGACAUGACCAGCCAAGAAGCAGGGGGCCACAUCAGGCUACUGGAGGAUCCUGAUUUCAACUUCUUCCUUCAACUGUUCCAUCGGAUAAUGCCACACGUGGACAUCCUCUAUGCCAAGCUCCAGAAGAGAAACAUAGAUUCAGUCCAUAUAAAUACAUGCAUCCAGCAGUUCCAAGAGAACAUACAAAAAAUCAGAGAUUCAAUCGAUGCAAUGGUGGUGGAGCAACGCAGUGGCUCUGAGCAGCCGAGGAAGCGCCGGGCUAUGAAGGAAGAUGAGCUUGGAAGGAUCGCUGCAGAGGUUUGUGACACCAUACUUGGACACACCAGGGAACGCUUUGCCUUCAAAGACCACCUCAUCAGUGCCACCUUACUGCAGAGCUGCCAGUUUGAAUGCUACGUCAAUGUAUUCCCUGAAGUUGCUCUGGCCACCACAUUGAAGGCCUAUCCAAUGCUCAACGGAAGAAAGCUGAAGACAGAGCUUAGCCUCAUCUAUGGCACAGAGGAAUUUCGAUCCUGUUGUGGUGCUGUGGAUCUUUUCCAGUUGUUCAUGGAAAAUAAUCUUUCGGAGGUAUUUUCAGAGACAAAAACACUGCUGAAAAUCAUCAUCACAACUCCCAUGACCACUGCUGAGGCUGAGAGGUGUUUUUCAACACUGAAAAGGGUUAAAACCUUUCUCAGGAACACCAUGACUCAGGAGAGACUGAAUGCCUUAGCUAUGCUCUCAAUGGAAAAAAGGCUGAUCACAAACAUGAUUGACUUUAAUCAGAGAGUCAUUGAGAAGUUUGCCAACUUGAAAGAGAGGCGGGCUAAAUUUCUUUACAAGUAGUGGGGCCAAUGUACAAUGUGAUGCAUCUCUUUCUGAAUCCAAUGUUUCGUUUGUUUCGUUGUUGUGGACAGUGUUGAGCACUGUGUUCUUGAAAUAAAGCUUUGUUACAAUAUUCUA